AUGCACCCUGGUACGGACGUCGCAAAUGGUACGAGGUAUGUAGUAGUUCGAUUUCCCCCUGAACGACAAAGUCUACCAUAUACUUUGAAACUUUCAACUGGCGUGAGUUCUUUCGAAUAUAUAAGAGUAGUUCAUGACGAACAGAAGAGAGUCUGUACCCAGUGUUUUGAGACAAGUCAUGUUUAUGCAAACUGUCCUGAUAAUAUUUGCUACAAGUGUAAACGCUUCGGACAUCUAGCAAGAGCUUGUGAAACUCCGCCGUGUGAAACAUGUCAUAAAGUGUUAUCAUACUGUCGGUGUGAGCCGGUAUGGAACAGGGGUGAAAAUGAAAAUGAAACAACUAAUAAUGACACAGAAAACGAUAUCAAUGCUAACAACUCGAGAAACGAAACAAAUUCCGACAUUCCUGAACGUGAAACAAACACUGAACAACAAGAAAAUGAUGGUAUGAAAGAGAAUGAAGCUGGAGACGAACACACGGAUGGAGCUAAUGGUGAUGUUGAUAACAUGGAGCAGAGUGAUGAUGACGAUGAUAACACGGCGAAAAGUGACGGUGAAGACGAUGAUGAUACCAUGGAGGAAAGUAAUGCUGACGACGAUGCCAAAGAUGAACAAUUUGAUGAAAACGCUAAAAAAGACAAUGAUGUAACAGUUUCCGAUGAAAAACAAAUGUCUGGUGUUGAUAAUGAUGAACUAGAUUUUAUGACUGAUGAUGAACAUUCAAACAAACAAGAGACAGUAAAUGUUGAUAAUAAAAUGCAUAAAAAAGGGGGGUCUAGCCCAUCAAAAUUAGAACCACAGCCAGUUCCUCGUGGGCCUAAUUUGACCGAUACUGCUGGUAAAAAAACAAAAGUAAAUGUAUCUAAGGAAGCUGAUAUUGAAAUGACCGACGAGGAAUUGGCUGCGAAUAUGAGUAAAGUUAGGAGGAAACGUUUAGUUUCAUCUCCGAAAGUUACUUCAGAUGAGCUUAAAAAAUUAAGGAGGGAACCCAAGAGUAAAAAAUCAAAUUCAAGUUCAUAG